AUGCUAUUUUUUAAAAGAAAUCUAUCUAUCUAUCUAUCUAUCUAUCUAUCUAUCUAUCUAUCUAUCUAUCUCAUGUUUUGGAUAAAAAUUAGCCCGGCAUGUGUUCGCUUCCUAUCUAUGCUUGCACGUGUUGUUUCUGUGACAUGCAGAAAUACAGAAAUACUACGACUUACUUUGCUGACCCCCAAGUGGUUUGCUAGAAAAUCUUUUGAGAAAUCCUCCUUGCUGUCAUUAUUACCUUUGUCUCAGAGGAACUUUACAUAUUCUCAGAGGAACUUUACAUAUUCUCAAAACAAGAUGCCAUCAGAUGAAAAAUGCUUGGAGUCAUCAGUUGAUCAAGUUACUUCAGUUGUUGUCAAGUCCCCAAAUGACCCCAGAGAUUACAGAAUUCUCACUUUGGAAAAUGGCCUAAAAGCAUUACUUGUGUCUGAUAUUAAUGGAGAUGAUGAUUAUUGUGAAGACUCCACUGAGAGUGAUGAUGAAUCUCUUGAUGAUGAUGAUGAUGAUGAAUCAAGUAUUGAUGAGUUGGAUGAAAGCUUUUCAGAUGCAGACAGUGAUGAUAGUCAUCGCAAGAAACAAACCAAUAUUGGUAGUAAGAAGAAGGCUGCUGCUGCUCUUUGCAUUGGGGUCGGAGGCAUGUGCGACCCUCCUGACAUCCAGGGCUUAUCUCAUUUCCUAGAACAUAUGGUGUUCAUGGGAAGUAAAAAAUAUCCUAAGGAGAAUGAACUUGAUGAUUAUCUUGCUCGACAUGGCGGCUAUUCCAAUGCAUGGACUGAUUAUGAAGCUACGGUAUUUUACUUCAAUGUUCAGCGCAAAUACUUUGAAAAAUCUUUGGACAUAUUUGCUCAAUUUUUUAUUAGUCCUUUGAUGAGAAGGGACAGUGUUGAUCGAGAGUUGAAAGCUGUUGAUAGCGAAUUUGAAGAAGGCUUAACAGAUGACGAUAAUCGUACAGUUUCUUUAUUGGCCAAUAUGUGUAAGACUGGACAUCCCAUCAGCAAUUUCAUUGAAGGGAACAUGAUUUCACUGAAAACAAACCCUGUCAAGAAUAGGAUUGAUGUUUACAGCAGGCUAAAAGAAUUUCACAAACAAAUGUAUUCAGCUCAUUAUAUGACACUUGUGGUUCAGUCAAGAGAAUCUCUUGACAUUUUGGAGAAAUGGGUCCGUGAAAUAUUUGCUAAAAUUCCAAAUAACAAUUGUACAAAACCUACAUUUGAUCAUGACCCUAAUCCUUUUGACACUCCAGAAUUUGCCAGAAUCUACCGAGUUGUUCCAGUUAAGGAAACUCACAAACUAUCUCUCAACUGGGCUCUCCCACCACUUCUGAAACAUUAUCGAGCGAAGCCAUUGGAUUAUCUUUCUACUCUAUUUCUACAUGAAGGGCCUGGGAGCAUAUUGUCUUCUUUAAAGAAACAUAUGUGGGCUCUGCAAAUUGAAGGUGGAAAUGAUGCAAAUGGAUUUGAAUUCAACUCUGCCUGGUCCUGCUUUUACAUUGACAUCAUUCUGACUGAUUCUGGAGUGGAUCAUGUCUAUGAGGUUUUGACAGUUGUUUUCCAGUAUGUACAGAUGUUGCAAAAGGCUGGUCCCCAAAGAUACAUUUUUGAUGAAGAGCAAGCAAUUGAAGAGAGCAAAUUCAGAUGGCAAGAAAAAGGUUCACCAAUUGAUUAUGUGCAACGUUUGAGCGAAAAUAUGCAAUUGUAUGCUGAAGAAGAUUACCUUACUGGAGACUGUCUCUAUUUUGAAUACGAUGCAGAUCUAAUUCAGAAUUGCAUGAACCAUAUGAAGCCAGAGAAAACAAAUGUGAUUCUGCUAACAAAGAAAGAUUCCCACCUUUGCACUGAAGAAGAGAAAUGGUAUGGAACAAAAUACUGUGUAACAGAUCUUGACCCUGAAUGGCUUAACAAAUGGCAAAAUCUUGAAAUGAACCCUGACCUCUUUCUGCCAGAUAAAAACAAAUACCUGGCUAAAGAUUUUUGCCUUAAGGAAGUUCCUCCAGAACAAAAAUCCAAGCAUCCAUUCAUUAUUAUGGAAAAUGAAAAAUGUAAACUAUGGUUCAAAAAGGAUACAAAAUUCAAUGUACCCAAAGCACAUAUAUAUUUCAAACUAAGGAGUCCAGUAGUAAAUGAAUCACUUGAAAGCGCUGUGUUGUUUGAACUGUUCAUUGAUGUCUUACUGCAAAAAUUGUCUGAACCCACAUAUCAUGCCAUUGAUGCUGGACUUAGUUAUGCUUUACAAGAUAAAAGAACUGGAAUGAUUAUCUCCGUGAAAGGAUUUAAUGACAAAAUUCCGGAAUUGUUCAAGACUAUCAUUGAUGAAAUGAUUGCUUUUGAAUUUUCGGAUGAGUUGUUUGAUGUCUGCAAAUCUCAACUGCUGAAGGAUUAUUACAAUCACAUGAUUAAACCCUACAAUACUGCUUGUAACUUACAUUUGGCUGUGGUUGAACAGGAAUAUUUUCCUGUGCCGGAAAAAUAUCACAAAUUGCCUGAGAUGACAUCCGAUAUGAUGAGAGAUUGGUUCAAGAAAUUCUGUUGUCAGUUAUUUUGUGAAGGAUUUGUGAUUGGAAAUGCUUCUAUUAAGGAUGCUUGUGGUAUUAUGGAUUAUGUUGUGGAAAAAUUCAAUGCUGAAGUUUAUCCUAAAGACCAAUGGCCAGAAAGAUGUCUGUUGAAAAUACCCAGCGGACAGUUUUGCUGUCAAGUAGAGAGCUUCAACCAGGAAAGCCCAAACUCUACUGCUCUUAUCUAUUACCAGGUGGAACCUGGCAGCAUCUUCACUUGCUGUCUUAAUGAAAUGCUUGUUAACCGGAUGCAAGAGCCUCUAUUUGAUAUUUUACGAACAAAACAUCAACUUGGUUAUAGUGUUUCAGUUCAAGAAGAUGUACUAAGGGGAAUUCUUGGUUUUUCUAUUGCCAUUGAAUUCCAGUCCCAUAAAUACACUCCUGAAGUUGUGAACAAGAAGGUGCAUAUGUUUAUCAAUGAUUUUAUCAGCAUGAUGACACUCGAAGAGUUCCAGGCAUUGAAAGAAACUUUAAUCACAGCCAAACAAUGUGAAGAUACAAAACUGUCUGAGGAAUCCAGGAGGCAUUGGCAUGAGAUUUCUAUUCAGGCUUGUGUAUUUGAUCGUCUUGAAAAAGAGGUUCAAGCUCUGCGGAAUAUCGGUUAUGAUGAUUUUCUCAGUUACGUAAAGAAAACACUGCUAAAUGAUCAACAUAUCCUUAGUGUUCAGGUGGUUGGCAAAAAACCUCCCAAGAAGAAGAAAAACAAAAAGAACAACUGUUUGACUGAACCAGUAAGAUCUCGUCCAUCCAAUUCUUUGGCUUCUGCAAAUCACUCUCCUUUAGACUUGAAAUCUGCUUAUUCCAUGCUAACUUGUCGCUGUGUUCCAGGGCAAUCACAAGCCAAGUGUAUCCAGAUUACAAACAUAGAAGACUUCAAAAAAGGAUUGGAUCAUUUUCAACCACAUAAAAUAUUAUCAUGA